AGUGCGCCUUCAGUCCACACGGCGGGACACGAGACAGAAAAACACCGAGAGCGAAGGAACUUUACACAGCCGCUGUCAUUUGGACGCUUGAGGAAUAACGAUAAACCUGUAGCGGUCACUGGUGAUUGAUGCGGUCCGUUUCUGAACAGUCUGCGCUCUGUCUGCGAGUUUAACAAAGGUGGGAGAGGCGUCUGCUGUCCCCUAUCACAGGGGGGAAGAUAUGAUCUUUAAGAUAAGCCAGUUUGGGGUCAUGCAACAAGUAUAAAUGCACAUUGAUGAGCAGAGGGAGACAGGCUGGCGAAGGCGAAAGAAGUGGAUUUUUUGAAGGGAGCAGUAGAGGAUCGUGUGCAGGAGAUGUCUCUGUGGAUGAUAUUACCCGUCAGCCUCCCAGCUCUCACCAUCACUGGAAUAUGGGUUGUGUAUGCCAUGGCCUUGUAUAACCAGCAUGUCUGUCCUGUGGACAACUGGAUGUAUAACCAGUCAUGUGAGGUGGAUCUGCCAAUGCAGAGGGGACCAACCAUGUGCUGUACUCUGGACAAUGUUCCUCUCAUAAGUAAAUGCGGCACACUUCCUCCAGAGAGCUGCUUCUUCAGUCUCAUCUGCAGCACUGGAUCCUUUAUGGUGAUGGUGAUAGUGUUGCUACGCUAUGCCCAUGUGAUAGAGAAGCACCAGAACUGUGUGUUAAACACAGCAAGUCUCUCCACCGGCUGGAUCUGUGCUGCAGGACUCAUCAUGGUCGGCAACUUCCAGGUGGAUAACGCCAAGGUUCUUCACUAUGUUGGAGCAGGGGUAGCCUUCCCCACCAGUAUGCUGUUUGUGUGUCUGCAGUCUGCACUGACCUACCGCCUGGCGAAGACUCAGGGAGAAUAUAAUGUGGGUCAUUUGCGCCUCUUUAUGACCCUGCUGGCCUUUGUGGCCCUGGUGCUUAGCGGGGUGUUUUUUGUCCAGGAGAGUUUUGUCCUGCAACAUGCAUCAGCCAUUUUCGAGUGGGUCUUCUGCGUCAUUAUUAUGCUGUUCUACGGCACAUUCGCUUUUGAAUUCGCCGGGAUAUCUAGUGACACAAUGAUGGUGCUGGCCCAAGGGCAAUCUCUAAAGUCCGUAAGCCGAGACCACAAAAUGGAGUCUCUUUCUGGGGCCAGUCAGCACCAGCCUGAGAGCCUAUCCAUACUGUAACCGCAGUGUCCUGUAUCUCUCUCAACACUAGAAAAAACACUACAACCGCAGAGGGAAAGUAACAGAAACUGGACAUGG